AUGGAAAUAAAAAACAAACAAAAUGUAUUAAAAUUUGGAGACAUAUCUCUGAAGGUUUUAUCGGAAGAAAGGGACCUUGGAAUAAUUAUAGACAAAAGUGGAGAACUUAACACGCAAGAUGAAACCAAGCCCGGCACACCAUCUACCAUAACGAACAACACCAGCAUCACAUCCAACUCUAAUCCCGCAACCCCCAAUGUCGACCUUGAUUUCAGCUCCUUUAUGGACAAAGACGAUGAUGAUGAUCAACUCUUCCAGUUCGACAUGGACUCUAUCGUCAACAACUCCACAUCAUACAGCACGGACAUCAACAAGACAUUCAACUCACACACAUACAAUCCAACAUCAUUACACCAACCUAACAACAAACGAACUAAAAAAGUCAUUGGCUGUAAACAUAAUAAUCUCCAUUUAUCGGGAACCAUCGAGACAAGACAGGACAACAACAACAAGACAACUACCAAUCAACAAACUACGUCAAACAUCCAGUACCAAUUACUUCAACAUCAACUCGGAAGCAUGAUGAUAAACCCAGACCAAAUAAUAUAUAAUACUCUUAAAAACUACUCUUUGUUACUCUACAAGCAUUGGAAAAAGCAUCAAUCAUAUUUGGACACAAGCUGA